AUGGUUCUCAUCAAGAUGAAGGAGAUAGCCGAGGCUUAUCUUGGAACAACGGUAAAAAAUGCUGUUGUCACUGUCCCUGCCUACUUCAAUGACUCUCAGCGUCAGGCCACGAAGGAUGCUGGAGUCAUUGCAGGGCUUAAUGUGAUGCGUAUAAUUAACGAGCCUACGGCUGCUGCCAUUGCGUAUGACCUUGAUAAGAAGGCUGGAAGUUCGGGCGAGAAAAAUGUGCUUAUAUUUGAUCUUGGUGGUGGUACAUUUGAUGUCUCUCUUCUCUCUAUUGAAGAGGGUAUAUUUCAAGUGAAGGCCACUGCUGGUGAUACUCACCUUGGAGGAGAAGAUUUUGAUAACCGAAUGGUGAAUCACUUUGUUCAGGAGUUCAAGAGGAAGCACAAGGAGGGCAUAAGUGGAAAUCCUAGAUCUCUUAGGAGAUUGAGAACUGCUUGCGAGAGGGCGAAAAGAAUGCUCUCAUCAACUGCUCAGACUACAAUUGAAAUUGAUUGUUUGUACGGGGGUAUUGAUUUCUACACUACCAUAAAUCAUGCAAGAUUUGAGAAGCUAAACAUGGAUUUGUUUAGAAAGUGUAUGGAACCAGUUGAGAAGUGUUUGAGGGAUGCUAAGAUGGAUAAAAGGAGUGUUGAUGAUAUUGUCCUUGUUGGUGGCUCGACUAGGAUUCCUAAGGUACAACAGUUGUUGCAGGAUUUCUUCAACGGUAAGGAGCUCUGCAAGGGCAUUAAUCCGGACGAGGCUGUUGCGUAUGGUGCAGCUGUACUAGCAGCAAAUUUGAGUGGUGAAGGCAAUAAGAAGGUACAAGACCUUCUGCUCUUGGAAGUUACCCCCCUGUCUCUCGGGUUGAAGACUGCUGAAGGUGUCAUGACUGUACUCAUUCCAAGGAAUACCACUAUUCCUGCCAAGAGGGAGCAAGUGUUCUCUGCCUCUUCUGACAAUCAGCGCAGUGUGUUGAUCCAAGUGUUCGAGGGUGAAGGAGCAAGAACCAAAGACAACAAUUUGCUAGGGAAAUUUGAGCUCAGUGGCAUACCACCAGCACCUAGGGGCGCUCCUCAAAUUACUGUUUGCUUUGACAUUGACGCAGAUGGCAUCUUGAAUGUUUCAGCUGAGGUCAAGACAACUGGGCAGAAGAACAAGAUAACCAUUACUAACGUCAAGGGAAGACUGUCGAAGGAAGAGAUCGAAAAGAUGGUACAGGAAGCUGAAAAAUACAAAUCUGAGGACGUGGAACAUAAAAAGAAGGUCGAAGCUAAAAUCGCCUUGGAAAACUAUGCUUACAAUAUGAGGAACCCUAUUUCUGCAGCUGACAAGAAGAAAAUCGAGGAUUCCUGUGAGUCGGCUAUGCACUGGCUGGAAGGUAACCAACUUGCAGAGGCAGAUGAAUUUGAAGACAAAAUGAAGGAGCUGGAGAGCAUAUUCAACCCAAUAAUUGCGAAGAUGUAUUCUGGAGGUGCCGGUCGGAGGCAUGGAUGA